GACCGGGUUGGUGGUCCUCCUUCUCUGCAUGCCAGGGCUGCUCGGUGAUGAGUGGGGGGGGACCUACACUGAGAAGGAGAUCUGUGCAAUUAGAGGAUCCACUGUGAAGCUUCAGUGCUCCUUUACGUUCCCGCCCACAGAAGACGGGCGUGACAUCAAGGUCAAGGAAACAUUUUGGUUCACCAAAGAUUCAAAGGAAGAACUGAGACUGCGCCCUCUGUACUUUGGUGGUGUGCAGUCUGAGUGUCAUGGCAACAACUGCAGUCUGACCAUCGCAGACGUGAGAUGGAGUGACGAGUACAUGUUCAGAUUCACAACUAACCAUUCCAAAGGAGAGUUCAAAGUCACGCCUGCUGUCAAAGUGACCUUCACUGAUCUGAAAGUACAAGUGCCAGAGUCCUGGUCUAGAAAUAUGUAUGAUCUGAAGUGUGUCAGCAGCACUUGCAGUCCUCGGUCUCCUUCAUACGUCUGGUAUAAGAAUGGAGAGGAAAUCCCAAAUGCAGAGUCCCAAGUGUACAAAGUAGAGUAUGACUCCAUAAACAGUUACUCCUGUGCUGUAAGAGGACACGAGCAAGUUGUGUCUCCUCCAGAGUGUGUGUACAGGUCAUGUAACAAGGUGGUUUACUACCAGAGACGCAUCUGUGCCAUCCAAGGAUCAUCAGUGGACAUUAGCUGUGAAUACACGAGCUAUGUAAAUACCCAGACACAAUUCUGGUUCCGUACAGAUUCUAGUGACCCGGGGAACCCCUCCAUCACUGAAGACCCUCGGUAUGAAUUACCUUCAGAGACUUCUGGAAAAAGCACACUGAGAAUAAAAGAUGUGAGGCAGAGUGAUUCUGCUGAGUACCGCUUCAAAUUCAUCACUUAUUAUGUUUUUGAAUGGAGGAGUAUUUUACCUGGAAGCACCUUGACAGUAACAGCUGUGCAGGUGCAGGUGAUGUCAGUCAGAGUUGAAGAUUCUCACCUUGUUGCACAAAUGUUGUGUCACACAAGCUGCUUUCCAGAAGGUACUUUGUCUUUUGUGUGGUAUCACAGUGGAGGCAAAAUAAAGAAAGGAACCAUAAUAGAAGUCACCUUGUCACCUGGAGACUACAUCAUCUGUGCUGUACAACAAGUUCAUGAUGUCACCACCUCUCCUGUUCUGUAUGUUCUGAAAAGACCCUCAGUGUCUCUGAGUGAUACUGGUGACAUAUUGGAGGGUGGUCCACUGACACUGACCUGCGACAUCGACAACUUCGACUACUCCUCAGCAACAGUUGAUUACUGCUGGUACAAGAAGAAGAAUGUGUCUUCAGAUGAUGAAGUCCUCAGUAAUGAUCGACAACUGGUCCUCCCGUCCAUCAAGUCUUCAGACUCAACAGAGUAUUGGUGUACUGUGGAGAACCAGCUGGGGAAGAAGACAUCAGAACCCGUCUUCAUUGAUGUCCAAUAUCCUCCCAGGUCGUUGUCUUUGUCCGUCAGUCGGUCUCCUGUCAUCGUUGAGGGACAGUCGGUGAAUCUGACCUGCAGCAGCAAUGCUAACCCGACCGCCAGCUACACCUGGUACAAGGACCGCCGAACUCUAACCCAAACACUCCAAGAACAUUACAGUUUCACCUCCAUCCGUCCUGAAGAUGCCGGAACAUUCCACUGCAUGUCUGAGAAUAAACAUGGACGUGUAACCUCUUCAUCAGUCUUUAUAGACGUCCAAUAUGCUCCAAAGCGUCCGUACGUGUCUGUAGUUCAGUCCAACAAGUUGUCGGCUGGCAGUCUGGUGAAUCUGACCUGCAGCAGCGAUGCUAACCCGGCCGCUAGCUACACCUGGUACAAGGAGAACAUGUCGUCUCCUCUGGCAUCAGGUCAGACGCUGACCAUCAAAGACAUCAAUCCAGGUCAGACGCUGACCAUCAAAGACAUCAGUCCAGAUCAGACCCUGACCAUCAGGAACAUCACAGAGCAGGGUGGCCAUGAUUAUUACUGUGAGGCCAACAACAGCAGGGGGCGCCACAUCAUUGGUGUGAGCGUGAAUGGAAUGUCCUGUAGAACGAUAAACAUCAUCAGGCUGUUCUGUUCUGCUGUUGUGUUCGUGGGCAUCCUGAUCAUCCUGACUCUGCACUUCAGGACAACGUCUCCCUCGUCCACCGCAGAUCCAAAUGAGCUCGUUGAGCCUGCAGAGGUGACAUGUUGUUGGUUCUGGUGUCAUGAAUGCAGUCUCACUGUCAUCGUGUGUCCUCUUGUCAGCAGCUGGAUCAAGGCGACUAUGAGAACAUUGAUGCAGAAGACGCGCUGUGACGGACAUCUUGACCAUGAACAACCAAGUUGUUUUAAAAUAUUCAUAUUUUCACUUCCCGCACUGAAAUGUCUAACAGGAAGAGGCAAGAAUAGAAAUACAUCACUCAUGCACGGACAAAGGAACAGAGAGAGACUAAUUAAAAGAAGAAUUAAUUCAAAUCAAUGAAUAUACAAAAUAUAAGUUAACAGUGUUGGGUUAGUUACUGAAAACCAGUAUCUAGUUACAGUUACUAGUUACUUUAUUUCAAAAGUAACUCAGUUCCUAACUCAGUUACUUACACCAAAAAGUAAUGCGUUACUGUGAAAAGUAACUAUUUAGUUACUUCUUUUUUUUAAGGCUCCCAUUAAUGCCCUUUUAGCCUUCAUUUCAGUACUGUCAUUGCACUGGAGAAUAAUACAAUAUGUUGAUCAACUUGACAUGCAUUUGCAUCACUGAACUCUGCUAAAACACAUAAAGACAAAGAUAUGUUUCAAAAGGCCAAUUUAUUUCGGGCCAGAACAAAUUGACGAAACUAUUUUAAAUAGCUGCAACAUAACAUACAUAAGUAACAAACCGCAUAAUAACAACAUGUCACAACAUAGCUGUAAACCUGGCUUCACACAAGGAAGACACACAUGACAUGAUUAUACUGUAUGUCAUGUCACUAUAUACAGCACACAUACUGCUAUACACACGCCUAACCAGGCCUUUUUUCUCUCAAGGAAUUGUGAAAUAAAAUCAUGUCUUCAGGACAUUAACACUGUACUGAAGCCCAGAACACACAACGCAUUUCCCCAGUUUUAGUUUAGAGAAAAGGAAAGAUUGGCCUGGCCCACUAGGAUCCCUCUUUAUGUUUGUGAACUUUAUAGUCUAUACAUUUAGAGUGAUGUGAUAAUCAAACACUCUAUAAGUCUAAAAUUAAAAGAGUAUAUAAAAGAAUUGACAGUGUGUGUAUCUUCAGUGCUGAAUGAUGAGCAGAGGCAGAGUUGGGAGUGUCUUCUUUAGGUUGAUUUCCAUGUUGAUGUACUCACUGUCCACUGUGUCCAGGAACUUGGAAAAUGUUUUCGUGCCAUUUGCUGUUUGACGCCUGCUAUCAUGCUAAUUAGCUGCCUGAAAGCGGGUGACUCCACUGUAGAAAUAGCCUGCAUGUCUUCUAGCACAUACGCUGCAAUGGCUCUAUCAAUGUUGUCCUGGCUAACAGUCCCUCUGUUAAAAUCCAACCGCUGUUGCUGAGGUGGUGGUGGAGGUGAAGUGUGUCUCUCUCUACUAGCUUUGUCAAAGCAUGUUGCUUUUGUAGGUGUUUCAGCAGAUUUGAAUUGCUGUUUUGGGCAGUAGAUGGGAUCUUUGAUCCAAGACACAACUUACAUUUAACUCAAAUUUUAUUUUUUUUGUGCUCGACAAAAUAAAAGUAGUGAGAAUAUCUCCAUGUAAAGAAACUCAGCUUCGGCUCAGCAUUGAUGUCUUGUUAGUAAACACAGACACGCCCCCCGCCCCACACACGCACACACAGCGCGCCUCUUGUGAGACAGGAAGAUUCAGAAGGACGACACCGCAGCUCUCCAAUUAAACACACUCAGAUCUUCUCAGUUUCUAGCUGAUACUAUAUAAAAAUAACAUAAAAUAACGCAGUAACGCAUCAUGUAGUAACGGUAACUGAGUUACUGAAUAUAAAAGAUAACGCGUUAGACUACAACUUACCGCCGAAAAUAAGGGCGUUACAGUAAAGUGUUACUUUGUAACGCGUUAGUCCCAACACUGUAAGUUAAUAGGAAUGAAAACCAACUGACAAAAUAAUGUCUCUGCAGAAUCUGUUGUGCCGCCUUUCUCGCCUAUUUCUGUAUCUUCCACAGUUUGGUGUGCGGCUGGCAGAAGAACUGGACACACCUGACAUUGAUUAGUCUGCAUAAUAUAUUAGCCGAGUGCAUUUUGCUAGCAGUAGCCAGGUUCUCUCCUUGUAAUCCCCAGCUCUCCAUGUGGUCAGAAGGAAUCCCCCUCCGCCUGCUUCAACACCUUUUCUGCAGUCAGGUGUGCCCGGUUUGUCCUAGCCCGGCCUAGUAGAUUGUGUUUUGUUUUCAUGGUGUGCCAACCUUUUCGACACCAUCGUCUUUAGUUCUUGCUGCCUUUUAUACCUGACCUCGCAUUAAAGAGAAAUUAAUUGUU